AUGAGGCACCUGACGUGGAGCCUGGCAGACUCGCCGCAGCAGCAGACGCAAGCGCAGCAGGCAGACGACAGCAGCUGCCCGGACUGUGCCAGCGACAUCCAGCUUGAGGAUCAGCCGGUGGCCAUCAGCAACAGUGCCACCGCCCAGUGGCGCGUGUUUACUGACAUGGGGCGGGAGCUGGUGCAGCAGGGGCGGCACGGCGAGGCGGAGCGCUGCUUCAAAAAGGCUGUGGAGAUGGCGCGCGAGGGGUUUGGCGAGGAGGACCCACACAUGGCCUCCGCCUGCAACAACCUGGCCGAGUUUUACCGGCUGCGCAGGCGGUACGACGAGGCCGAGCCGCUGUACAAGCAGGCUCUCCAGAUCCUGACCAAGGCUUACGGCCUGCACGACGCACGGGUCGCCUUUGCCCUGCAUAACCUGGGCGGCUUCCACCUGGCCCGCCGCCAGCUGGAGCAGGCGGCCGAGUGCUACGAGCAGGCGCUGCGCUUGAAGCUGGAGGUUCUGGGCACGGGGCACAGCGAGACCAGCAACACGAUGUUCCACCUGGCGCAGGUGCGGUGGCAGCAGGGGGAGGGGCGGCAGGCCAUCCAGCUGAUGCAGGACUCGCUGGAGAUCAUGGAGGCGCAGGGCGUGGGGGCCACCCCCGGCUGCGUGCGGCGGCGCGGGCGGCUGGCCGAGAUGCUGCUGGAGGCGGGGCGGGCCGAGGAGGCGGAGCGCCUGCUGCGCAGCAUCCUCUCUUAUGUGGAGUCCACGCAGGGCCUGGAGCACGGCAACUACGCCGCCGCAGCAGAGAACCUGGCGGCGGCGCUGCAGCGGCGGGGGCAGUGGGACGAGGCGCGCGGCCUGAUGCACCGCGCCCUGGAGGCACGCACGACGCACGUGGGGGCACGCCACCCCGUGGUCGCCGUCACGCUGCGCAAGCUUGCCGAGCUGGAGCUGGCGGCGGCAGCGGCAGAGGAGGCGACGGCCGCGUCCACGGCUGCCGGCGCGACCACGUCGGGGGGGCCUGCAGCUGGCAGCGCAGCGAGCAGCACAGCAGCGGCGGCAGGGGCUGGUGCUGGCGGGGGCGCUGCCAGCGCCAGCGCCAGCGGGGGUGUGGCGCUCAAGGAGCGGGAGGUGCAGGAGGCGGUGGCCAUUUCUCAGGAGGCGGUGAGCAUAGCUCAGCAGGCAUAUCAGGAGUCGCUGGACUGGGAGCGGCGCAGGGGCCAACCCGAGGCCGGCGGCGGCCUGCUGGGCUGGCUGCGCCCCUCCAAGCCGCAGCUCAGCGCGCUGCGGCGCCCGCAGCGGCCAGAUGCAGCGGCGCUGGAGGCGGCGCAGUGCCUGCAGACGCUGGGGCAGGCGCACGCUGCGGCGCGGCAGCCCGCGGCGGCAGCGAGCGACCUGGAGGAGGCGUUGCAGCUGCUGGCUGAUGCCUUCCCCCACGGUGGCAGCAAAGCGCAGCAGGAGCAGGAGCAGGAGCAGCAGGAAGUUGCCGCGGCAGAUGAGGCCGGCGACGGUGGCAGCAACGGUCGGGCAGGGGAGGAGGAGGCAGGCACCGAGCCUGGUGACGGCACUAGCGCUGUCGCCGUCAUCGGCGCGCGGGAGCAGGCGCGGGCGGCGCGAGUAGACAAGGCACGGCACGAGCUGGCCUGCGGGUUGCUGGCAGAGCUGCUGGCGCUGGCCCAGCCGGCAGCAGGCGGCGGCGGUGCACCCGACCCGCAGCAUGUGCAGCGGCGCUUUGCCCAGGAGGGCUGCUCCGGCUGA